GCCAGGAAGGCUCGACGAAGAACGGCUCCUCGAGCUCCACCUGCGAGGGUGGAAAAGUUAAAAGGGUCAGGACGAUCUUCACUGCCCAGCAGUUGCAGCGAUUGGAAAUCGAGUUUGCCCGACAGCAGUACAUGGUGGGGCCCGAACGACUGUGCCUGGCACAUGCGUUGAGCCUGACCGAGGCACAGGUCAAGGUGUGGUUCCAAAAUCGCAGGAUAAAGUGGAGGAAGCUCCACCACGAGCAGCAGAGCCAGAGGUUGCACGAGCUGCACCAGCAGGAACGCUUGGAGCACGAGGACAGCAACGAGAAUUGCGGAUGUUCCUUGGUGCAGUUCCUGGCUGCAGUACCUUGCUGCAGUUCCUUGCUGCAUCUUGGAGGCAUCUACGAGGCUCUGGAGGGGGAGGCAGGGGCCAGGGUGUGCUUCCAGAACCAAGAGAACCAAGGAUGGUUAACCUAG